AGACAGUGCGGCAGCCCGUUCAGGAGACGCGCGUGCGCGGAUCGCCCGGGGCGAGCGCAUCGGCGUCGCGCGUCCUGUUGCGCAUGCUCGGAUCCCACUGCCCGACCGGGGAUCAGCGCACCUGCGUGUCUGCAGCACGGCCCCGCAUCGCACCCGGGCAUCCCGCGCCGGGCCAUGACAGCGCACUCCUUCGCCCUCCCGGUCAUCAUCUUCACCACGUUCUGGGGCCUCAUCGGCAUCGCCGGGCCCUGGUUCGUGCCGAAGGGACCCAACCGCGGAGUGAUCAUCACCAUGCUGGUGGCCACCGCCGUCUGCUGUUACCUCUUCUGGCUCAUUGCCAUCCUGGCUCAGCUGAACCCCCUGUUUGGGCCCCAGCUGAAGAACGAAACCAUCUGGUACGUGCGCUUCCUGUGGGAAUGACCCGCCGCCGCCUCUGGCCCCAGGUGCUCCAGCUCUCUGGAUGGCCCUGGCCCGACUGUCCCUGAUGGCCCCUCCAUCCCUCCCUCCCCCUACAGCUGUGUCCGGGUCCUCCUCCCCCCAGCCCUCUCCUGCUGGCUCCCUGGACCCGCACCUCCAGGGCCUGCCUGUUCUAGAAAGUACCACCUUCACAGCCAGUCCCGGCCCUCAGGGAAGCCCUGAGUGCAGAGUCGGGCUAGGGCCAGGGAUAUCUUCUUGAAUUUCCACUGCUCUGGCGUUUUCCCUUCCUCCUAAGUAGAUCCUGGCUAAGGACCUGAUGCAGGUGAGAUCUUUCUUUUACAAAUGGGUCAGAAGCCAGGACUCAGGCCAGCCCAAGGGAGGACACGUGUCCUUGUAGAGAAGGGGCAUCCAGCCCAGGGUGCUCCGAGCCAGGCGGGGAGUCGGGUGCCCGGGGCCACCAGCUCUGCCACCACCCUGUUGUGAGAAGGAGAAGCUCUGUCCUGUCACGUCCAAGGCCUUUUCGAGCUCUGGCAUGGAAUGGGAUUAUUCUUUAAUUUUGCGACACAUCUAGAUGUGAAAUUUCUGAAAAUACUGAAGGAAAAGAGAAACAUUCACAUUUAAAAAAGCAACAUCAUUAUUUGGGUCAAGAUUGAAACCUCGAUGUUUAGCAUCCUUUGUAGUUAGUUAUAAAGUCACUUAAAUUGACUUGCUGGGAAAGUUGUGUCCCAGAAUACUCUGUUCACCUUCCCUCCCUGCCCCAACCUGGGCCUCCCCCUGUAGAUAGUGCGCCUCCCUCCCAGCCUGAGCAUCUGAGCACAGUGGCGGCCCCAGGAGGCCUGGGUUCUGCCCCGUUGGGCUGGGGUAGGGCAGAGUUCAGUUCUGGAACCUCACAGCAGUGUCUGAGUGCUGGAGCUGGGGUGAGGGGAGGCGCGGUGUGACUGGCACCGUGUGCUCAGGCCUCUGUCCCGAGCGCGCCUGGUUCUGUGCCGGGGACGGUGGGGCAGAGAAUGGUGCCGCCCGGCAAGGCUGGGCAGCAGGACAGACCCUCGGGACCCCCCACCUUGCCCUCAGUCCUCCAGGAGAGAGAGCUCAGACAUCAGACACUUGCCGAGCUCCCAGCAUAGUCGGGUCAGAGCUCACCCACCUUGUCUGGCCCCCAGCUGGUGGCCUGUCCUCACUGCCUCUCAGGGAAGAGAAGCCAGCCUCGCUUAUUUGUCGACUCCUUAUUUGGCCUGCCUUCCCACUCAGUGGGCAGUGUGUUGGCACAGCAGUAGAAUGCCACGUGUCCUGCCAGAUGUCUUGGUUCUGGGCCUGCCGCUCAGGGCUCAGGCUGGGCCCCACGACCCCCUUCACUUGCUUCCCCUCCCGACCUUGGGGCCUUCGCGGGAGUGAGGCUGUCGCGUGUGACUUGUACUGAGCACCUGACUCGUGUCUAAUAAAU